AUGUCUACGACAAGUAUAUGUGAUCCAGACGGGUUCAUUCCAGUAUCGAAUGCCCGUCGAUCACGUAACAAAACUACACCCAAUCAACAACAUAGCGACCACUGGCAAGCCGGCGAUAUUGCGUUCCUUAGGCCAUAUUCCGAGUAUCCUAAGGCAGUAUAUAACGCCUUAAUCAACACCAAUUACUUACCUCGAAGGGCGACAAACCACCCGGUAAUAAUCUUGGAACACUCCGAAGAUUCAAAGUACUACCUGGUUACCACUAUCUCGGCAUACGGCUCUGGACCCGAAAAUGACUACCUCCCGCCAUGGAGACAGCCACAACACCGCGACAAAGACCGCUAUGACUUCCGUGCAUUUAAGGGCUCAGCAACGCCCGAUUAUCGACGCGACUUCCUUCAACUUGAGGGAGGAUACUUUCUACCAAAGCCGAAAACAUCAUGGGUCUAUACUCGCAGUGCAUUUGUGGUUCCAUCGUCGAUACUUAUCAAGUUCGACAAGUUCCAGGGAAUACCGCGAAUGACUCAAAAGAGUCUUAAAGACCUCCUUGGCCAUUUCAGGGAGGCCAGCAACUUCCAAUACCGCUGGACUAAUCCUAAGGUUAUUAAAAUCCUUCAAUCUAUACCGAACAACCUCUCGAGAAAUUCUAAGCCGGGAGUUUCAAUACCAUCCACACCAUUCCCGAUUAACUCAACCCGGAUAUCGGACGUAGCUUCAAAAGCUAUUUCCAAAUCAACUCACGGAGCGCCACUGUGGAGCGUCAUUGCGGGCAACCCCCCGUCUCUGCGGGCGUACUGA